AUUUUGGAGGCCAGAGAGACAGUCAGCGAUUGUCCACAACGAUGCAUACGGCCCUGCGUGUCUGGAUCUUAUCAGUGGUGGUGUGUUUGGGAAGAGGUCACCACCAUCUGGGACACACUGAUGAUGACAGCCUCUCACAAGUGAGCUCAGGAAACAAAGAGUUUGCCUUCCAACUGUACAGGAGGUUGGCGGCUCAUCCUAACAACCAGGGCAAGAACAUCUUUUACUCUCCAAGUAGUGUGUCUGUCGCCUUGGCUGCCUUGUCAGUCGGAGCCCGGGGGGACACACAUGAACAGCUGCUGAGUGGUCUGGGCUACAACAGCUCACACGUUACCCAGAGUGCCAUCAAUCAGGCCUUUAGUAUGCUUCUCAAAAGGCAAGAUAAUUCCUCCGACAUCAGUGAAGGGACCGCCGUGUUUCUGGAUAACACCUUCAAGCCAAACGCCGAGUUCCUAAAAGAUUUGAAAGAAGCCUUUCACACCGAUGUGUCGAAUGUCAACUUCCAUCAAACAACAGAAAGUGCCGAUACCAUCAAUAAAUAUGUGUCGGAUAAGACCCAUGGCAAGAUCGAUAAGUUGGUGAAGGACCUGGAUCCAGGCACCAUCAUGUAUCUGAUAAGCUACAUCUACUUCAAAGGAAUGUGGGACAGUCCUUUUGAAGCCAAACUCACAAAAGAAGACAAGUUUAUGGUUGAUGAGAAUACCGAGGUUCCUGUCCAGAUGAUGAACAAAGAGGAUCGUUUUUAUACCUAUCGGGAUAUGGCAAUUAACACGACAAUCCUGCGCCUUCCCUUCAACAGCUCUUACUCCAUGUUUCUGUUGUUGCCUGAAAACAUGGCGGUACUGGAAAAGGAAAUAUGUCCACAGCAUCUCACUAAAUGGUCAAAAUGGAUGAAAAAGUGGACUUAUGAUAUAUUUGUACCAAAGAUCUCCUUGAAGACUACGUACUCUCUGAAGGAACUGCUGACUGAAAUGGGAAUGACAAACAUGUUUGAUGCUCGAGCAGAUUUCAGUGGCAUUUCGGAGGGGGCGAAGCUGUUGGUCUCUGGCGUUGUGCACCAAGCCACCCUUGACAUUGACGAGGCCGGAGCCACCGCUGCGGCCUCCACCGGCAUUGGCAUCACUCUGAUGUCCCUCCAACACGUCCCUAUGCUGAAGUUCAAUCGUCCAUUCAUGCUUCUCAUCACCGAAAACACCACAGACGACAUUCUCUUUAUGGGCAAAAUAAUGAAUCCGAAAAUCUGAUGGACACCAGUUGGUGUAUCAUCAUGAUGAUGAUGAUCAUCAUCAUUGUUGUCGUCAUCAUAACAAUAAAGCAAUCCUGCAGCCUUUGUGAUUACAUUA